UCACGGCAAUGUAUCUAGUUUUACCGUGCCUCUGGGUCUCGUUUACCGGCUUCAAAUUCGUUGACUUCUCUAUGUAACAUUCCAUUUCAACUAGGAUUGCACGAAAGAGAGAGAGAGAGAGAGAGAGAGAGAGAGAAAGAGAGAGAGAGAUCAAAUAAAAAAGAAGAUCUACUAAUCAAAACAAUUGACUAUGAUAUAUAAAACAAUUUUUUUCAUUGUGUUUUUCAUUUGGAAAGGCAAAGCAAAUGAUUGUAUACCACGAAAAUUCAAUUAUGAUAGUUUCGUGUGCGUUUGCAAUUCGACUUAUUGCGACUCAACACCGGAGAUCAAGGAACCGGAAAAAGGAAGCUACUAUGUAUAUAGUUCCGAUAAGGAUAAGCUACGAUUAAAAUUCUCCGAAGGAAAAUUCGUAAAAGAUAUUAAAGACAAUUCAAUUCCCGAUGAGAAUUACGUAUUGUCACUUAACAAUACUGUAAUCGUUGAUAGAAAAACGAAAUAUCAAAAGAUACAGGGUUUUGGUGGAGCAUUUACUGAUUCAGCAGGAAUAGAUAUCAAAACUUUGAGUGAAGCAACUCAAGAUAUGCUAAUAAAAACAUAUUUCAAUCAAAAUGGUAGCAGAUAUAAUUUAGGACGUGUACCAAUCGGUGGUAGCGAUUUUUCUACAACAGCUUAUACGUUGGAUAAUACGGUGAACGAUACUAAUCUCAAGGAUUUUAAAUUAACCAAAUAUGAUGUGGAUUAUAAAAUUCCUUUGAUCAAACAAGCGUUAGAAUUAUCUCCUGAUUUGAGACUCACUUCAGCUGUUUGGAGUCCACCAAUAUGGAUGAAAACUAAUAAUCAAUAUUUUGGACCAAGUAUUCUUAAGAAAGAAUAUUAUCAAACAUAUGCCGAAUAUUAUAUAAAAUUUUUACAAGCAUAUAAAAGUUAUGGCAUUGAUAUAUGGGCUGUUUCAACGGGAAAUGAACCUAACGAUGCGUGGAUACCUGGAGCGCCAAUAUCUUGUAUGGGAUGGAUUCCAUUUGAGUUAGGAAGUUGGAUAGCUAAUAAUCUUGGACCUACUUUGGCACGUUCGGAAUAUAACAAAACGAUGAUUUUAGUUUUAGAUGAUCAAAGAUUCUAUUUAAUACAGUUUUUAGAUCAUGUUCUCAAGAAUAAAAAAGCAUUAGAUUAUAUCCACGGCAUAGCUGUACAUUGGUAUACGGACGAGUUUAUUUCCCCUUCAUUGUUAGACAUAACUCAUAAUAAGUAUCCAAAUAAAUUUCUUCUUUUGACCGAAGCAUGCGUUGGUUCUCAACCUAAUGAUAAUCCGAAAGUACAGCUAGGAUCUUGGAAAAGAGGAGAAGAUUAUCUUCUCAACAUAAUCCAGAAUUUACGACACAGCGUAACAGGAUGGAUAGAUUGGAAUCUUGCUUUAAAUAAAAUGGGUGGUCCAAAUUAUAUUCACAAUUAUGUUGACUCACCUAUCAUAGUCAAUCCUGAAACUGAUGAAUUUUUUAAACAACCAACGUUCUACGCGAUCAAACAUUUCAGUAGAUUCGUAGAACGAGAUUCUGUAAGGAUUGAAAGCAUGGAGACAAAUGACAUAAGGACUAUUGCUUUUGAAACUCCCUCAAAAAUGAUCGUAGUUGUGCUGUACAAUAUGAGCUCAAAAAGUAAGAAUAUUACAAUUAUAGAUUCUAAAAACGGUCCUAUUAAGAUGGAAAUAAGUUCAUAUUCUAUUCACACUAUAACAUAUAAAUAAAUUUUUUAAUGAUCUGACAUUUAUAUUGUGAAACAUAUGAUAUGGACAGAGAUCGGAUUAAUUCAAUAAUAUUUACACUGUAAUAUCUUCAAUUAUUAUGUUUAUAUUUAUAUUGCAUAAAAUAAAAAUGUUAUAUUAAAAAUUCUAUUAUAAUCUAUCCAUGAAAAAUAUCAAAGUGAAAUAUUAUUUGCAUCGAAAAGAGAGAAAACAUGUUAUUUAAAUUCUAUGGAUAAAAAGUUUGUUCCCAGUUACCUAAUUUCUUCUUCGGAUUCACUCUAAAAUAUUUUGGUACAUACUUUAAGGCAUGAUCAUCAAGUUUACGUUUCAUAACAGAAAUUCCAAAUUGGAACGGAUGUCUCUUUUUCAUCAUAGGACACAUCUUAUUAUCAAUAAGAUAAAUUUUUUGCCAAUGAUAUAUCUCUGGUGGUUUUCUAUAAAGGAAAUAAAAAAGAAAUGAUUAAACUUGAUUUUAAUAUCAUAUUUUGUAUCUACAAUUUUAAAUAUACAUUAAUAUUAAAAUUA